UUUUCUUUCAGUUUGGAACAGGAGUGGGGUUUUGAAUAACAGUAAUUCCCCUCUUGAUCUGAGCCAUACUUCUGUUACUAGUCUCCGUGUCUUGGAAAGAAAAUAGAUUUUUACUACAGCCUAGGCACUCUGACCUAGUCAGUAAAGUGUGCAUGUGAAGAAUAUCUAUCUUAAAAUGUUUAUGGCUUUACUGUGCGGUCGUUUAGCCAUUUAACUUCCCGUGUUGGACUUUGAUUGUAUCUUAUUUACAACAAGAGUGGGACACAAACAGUCGUAGUUGUGGUAUACAUUCAAACAAAUAGGCUACAAUACAGUUGACCUUUUCAGCAUGACUAUUUUCGCAGUGGCUAAUAUAGAUUUUCCGUAACUGGCUACAGUAAUGAACCAAAGAGACUAAAACUACUGCGCAGGACUGGAUUGAAGCCUUGUGUUUUUUUUCUCUACGGUACCUGAGCGGUCCUCUAACCGUGUGAUGGGGGAGCCGAAGCGGAGAGCGAGCACGGCCGCGGGUGUGCGGCCUCGUGGAAACACUGAGGUAGGAACCCUCAACCCCAGAACCCUUCGAGUGAAGAUGGUGCUACUGGGGAGCUCCGGAGUGGGCAAGUCUAGCCUGGCUCUGAGGUUCAACAAGGACGAGUUUAAACACACCAUACCCACUGUGGGAUGUGCUUACCUGACACAGGUCAUACACCUGACCGACGUCACGCUCAGGUUUGAGAUCUGGGACACGGCAGGAGAGGAGAAGUACCACAGCGUCACUCCCCUGUACUACAGAGGAGCCCACGCAGCGCUGGUGGUGUACGACAUCAGCAAACGGGAGACAUUUGUCAGGGCUCAGAUGUGGAUAAAAGAAUUAGAGAAGUUUUACAUCCCUGGGUCCAAUGUCCUGGUGCUGGUGGGCAACAAAGGAGACCUGUCUGAUGUCCGCCAGGUCUCACAGCAGGAGGGGAGAAGCCUAGCCAUAGACAGAGGCUUGCUGUUCAUGGAAACCUCAGCCAUGUCAGGGAAUCAAACCAGUCAACUGCUGCAGGACAUAGCCCUCAGAGUGAAGAGGAGUGUUCUGGAACCAUCCGGGGUUCUGUCACACUGGGAUGAGUCAGAGAGUGUGGAGCUGCGACAAGCUGUGACCCUCAACCCACUACUGGCCUCCUGCUGCCCCUCGGUUGGGCCUUAACGUGUGUGUGUGUGUGUGUGUGUGUGUGUGUGUGUGUGGGUGUGUGUGCGUGUGAUAGAGCAAAAGAGGGAGUGUGUGUGUUUGUUUUUGUGAUAGAGAGACAGAGAGAGAAAGAGAAAGAGAGAAGAAAUGAGAGACAGUUUGUGAAAACAGGAAGUAGGAAGUAUACACACUGUUUGUAACAUUUUAGUAAUGACAGUAACUAUUACCAGUACCAGUCACAGCGUAUUGGACAGUGAGAAUCCUCAUGAUCAAGUGAGUGGCGUGUGGAUUUACUUUAAUGUGUGUACAUUUUCUAUAACGCAUAUAAGAAAAUAUGUACACAUGUUAUUGUAAGAACAAGGAUGACAAAAUUAAGGCUGUCACACAUAUUUUCAUUUGCUGACGAUGCUCUAGUUGUGCCUGUAGUAGUUUUGCUCUGUACAUGUGUGUGCAUGUUUACACAUGUGUGCAUGUUUACACGUGUGCAUGUUCAUGUAUUGUGUGUAUUUAUAUGCGAAUGCACGUCUUCUGUCUAUACGUGCAUGUGUGUCUAUCAGUAUGCCUGUUUUGCAUGCAGAUUGCACAGCACACUUCUGCAUGUGAAACAUCUCUCUCAACCAGGGACAUUAAAAUCCUCCUCCCCACAAUCAGCGCCCGUCAUCGGGGAUUACAGAGCAUCGCUCCCAAAGUGGGCUUCCUGUCCUCAUCUCUCCUCAAUAUUCUGACACACUGAGUGGUCCGACGUUUGUUCGCCAAGAGAGGUCUCCAAGGCAGUUCAUGCAGUUCACGCUAAAUUGUAAACAUGGCAGCAAGGUUGGGUGAUGAAUCUCUUCUGAGAGGAGGCUGUAAACAGAGGGAGAGCAGCCAUUUGAAGGGCCAAUUAAGACUGCUGGUAUUCAUUUUCUUUUAGUACUUGAGAAAAUGAGAAAAAGGCUGAUUGGGGCCAGGGACGUAUCAACACAGAUGGAUAUUUUAAUUGGUUCGUUUUUCACCGACCUCUACAGUCAUAUGUUGAGCGUAAAUUGAGCGUAAAAAAACACGUUCACGCUUUGAAGUGGAAAGUGAGUGCCGAGUCCUCCGUGUCAACAACUGUAGUAGCAACGGCUGAAAUCGCUCCAGAGACCAGUACUUUUACCAAUUAACAAUGUAACUUUAUUCAUCAUCAGAUAUCAACAAACAAAAUGACAGUGAAUGGAAGGUAAAUGAGGUGAAAACCAAAAUGCCGACUGAAAGUAACAACAGUUUUCACGACCUGGUCAGUCUCUGACCCAGUCUUCACUGCUGGCGGCGGGAGCGCACACUCUGUGUGAGGGAACGGCCAGUCCCCGCUUCCUCUCAGUCUCCCGACGGCCAAAACGGCCCACCGGUCGAAUUCCCCUCCCGGUGUACCAGGAAGCAAUGAUGUCUGGAUCUGAUCGACACAUAAGAUGGAAAAAUAUGAGUGCCACAGCAAGAACACAAACCCAUGGAUGUUUUCUCAGUUGAAAAUGCAGUCAUGCAGCCAACAAAUCAGUUGUACCUGUACCACAAUGUACACUGCUUAAUUUCACACUCCUCAACAGGAUAUAUUUAAUGAAUUAUUGUUAAAUGAAAAAUUAUACUUUAGAUAUAUGGGAUGAGUAAGCGAUAUAGACGAUCUCUUCUGAUAGAUCCUUAAUUGUAACUCAAGGCUUGAGAGAAUUCCAUGGAGAAGGUACGUGGUUGAUCGGCAGCAACGUUUUUUUUCUUCCACAUGUUGAGGACACUCAAAAUGAUCAGGUGGGAGCGAGGUGACAGGAAGUCAAAGCCACCUACUUCUGAUCUCCAUGGAGCGGUCCGGAUAUCCCGCCUGCGUCUUUGCCAGCGUCCGCGUCAGCAACAGCACCAGGGCACAGAGCACAGCG